AUGGCUUCGCGCGGUGGUAUUAUGGUGACUGGUACGAAUGGAGCCGAUUUCGAACACAGAGAGAAAAUAGCAGCACAAUAUCAGAUUAGUGCUUUAAACAAGUCUCGUCUGAAGUACUGUGUGUUCUUCCACCACAUAAUGUUCCUGGUAAUGCUGGCGAAGCUCUCCGCAGACAUCCUCGACAAACUCGACAUAUUUAUCCUAGAAAUAGAAGAGUUGCAGAUACCACAGCCCCUGUGGUGGGAGUACAUCUGGUGCCUCUCCCUCCUCCUAUCCUUCUUGGGUCUAUCCGCAAUCAAACGCAACAACAUAAAAUAUCUCCGACGGUAUAUGUACGGUAUCACUGCACUGGGCUUCGGACCGCUAUUGUACUGUGUGCUGUACUACUGCGGAGAUGUAUGGAGGUACCUGACCAUGGAUGAGGAUGAGGAUGACAGCAGUGAAGUGGAUAUUGAGCUGUGGCAGGGCUACCCCUACGGCCUUCUGUGGUACGCGUUCGUGCUCCUCGCCUCACAAAUACACUUUUUCCAACUCUACUUCUCAUUCAAUCUGCUAAAAGCUUGGCGUGCAAGAGGCGCGCUAAGGAAAUCCGACUAA